UCUGGGGAUCUGAAAAAAGGCAGUUUCAUCCCACUUACUGUACUACCUAAUAUAUUUUGAUUUAUUUUUUUUUAAAAAUAAGGCAUUCAAAAGAUGCAAAAUUCUUUCUACAUUCAAUUGAUAGAUAUGAUAUUGAAGCCAAUAAGUAAGUAAAUGUAGCCUGUGCAACCAUCAGGUUGCAGGUUGCAUUUUUAUUCAUUUUAUUUUUUUUAACCGUAAGGUGGCCACAUUUGGGCAUUUUAUCUUCUUGUAGGUAAACUUCAUUUCAAGUUGGUGUUAUUUCAAGUAAAAGUAGGUGCAUCAUAUAUUGCCUGACCUCAUCGAUAGGAUUUUUUAUUUAUAUAAAUGAAAAUAUUUUUAAAGACUUCUAUGUACUUUUUGAGUAUUUUAAAAUUCAAUUUCGAGCUUUUUAUUGAAUAAAUAUAUUUUAAAAACUUUUAAAUACGAGUACAAAGAAGGUCGAAGGGGCGAAAGAAAGAAAUUUUAAAACAUUCAAAACGAACCCGACAACAUACACAAAAUUAUCUUUACAUCGCCAAAUAUGACUUAGAAAUUAGUCAACAAUUUUUAAGAACAUCGCCAUUCGCCACACGCUUGACUGUGAAACAAGUAGUCUUGCGAUAAACGUGAACGAAAUCAGUACUUGCAGGAAUUCGAAAUUUGAAGUAAAAAGUUUUCAUCGAUAAAACCAAAUACCCAAGUACAUAUAAGGAAAUAAAUAGGCAGUGAAAAUGCCUGAAACUGUCGUGGUCUCCGUUAAAGAAGGGAAAAUUCGUGGAGUCAAAAGAAAAUCCGAAUACUCCGGUGCGGAAUUUUUUUCGUUUCUUGGAGUGCCAUAUGGACAGCCACCUAUCAGCACAUUGCGAUUCAAAGAUCCAGUAAAAGUCAAACCUUGGAAAGAUACCUACGAUGCUACUAAAGAAAAACUAGGAUGUGCACAAUAUUCUCCGGCCAUCGGAUGCCAACUAAUGGGGACAGAAGAUUGUUUAUUCAAUAACAUUCAUACACGAGAAUUGCCAACCAAAUCCAGCCUUCCGAAACCAGUGAUUGUCCACAUACAUAGCGGUGGUUUUUUUCACGGUACUCCUAACGAAAAUUAUUUCGGAAGUACCGAGUUUAUUAUGCAUCAUGAUAUAGUUUACGUUGGCAUGGCGUAUAGAUUACACGUUCUAGGUUUUGCAAAUUUAGGAAUAAAAGAAUGUUCUGGAAAUCAGGGAAUCAAAGACAUUAUACUGUCACUGCGCUGGAUCAAGGAUAACAUAAAAUCUUUCGGAGGUGAUCCGGAAAAUGUUACUUUAUUGGGAAGCAGCAGUGGAGGAGGGGUUAUUCACGCAUUAAUGUUAUCACCAGUGACGAAAGGUCUAUUUCAAAAAGCUGUGAUUAUGGGGUCGUACUUGUUUAAUCCUACCUAUCCAUUCCUCAAGGAUACAAACGAAGAACUGAUUUUUGAAUUGGCAUGCUCGUUGGGCUACGAAGGAAAUAUAGACGAUAAAAAGAAACUAUUAACAUUUUUGAAGAAAUUACAUUAUUUGCAGAUUGUUGAAGGGCAGAGACGGUAUCUUGUACCAGAAUUUCGUAAGACUACCGCACCGAUACUUCCUAGUGGAGUUUUACUUCCAAGUGUUGACUGCGGCGAAAAUGGCGUACUACCCGAAUUUCCCCGAAAUUUAAUACAAUCGACGGCUCGAAUUCCACUUCUCAUAGGAUUUGGCGAGAGAGAAGCAGCUUUUGGAUUCUUUCGGGGAUCGAUAAGAGAUAGUACGGAGAAAAACUUCAAGACGACAGUUCGACAAAAUAAAUGGGGAUGGGGACGUGAUCUGAGCGAUGAAGAUACUGAGCUCAUAUACAAACAAGUCGAAUCUUCUUAUUUGCAGGGGAAAUCAAUAAAGCAAACAUCUUUAUCUACAUUGGUCGAUAUUCAAACCGGUAUUCUGCUGUCAGAUGUUUACGAUACUUUAAUCGAUGUCGUCGCUUCGGAUCCUGAAUCACCAGUGUACGUUUAUAAAUUUGAAUUCGAAGGUGAAAUGGAAACGAUGAAGAAUGCAUAUGUAAAUACUCUGAUCGAUGAACGAUUAGAAGGUACUUAUCAUGCUGAUGACCAUUGUUAUUGGAAUCGUGUUUCCGAUCCUCUCAAUGUGAAAACGAAACAAAUGGUGGAAAUAUUCACAAAAAUCAUAACUGCUUUCGCAAGAACGGGCAAUCCUAAUAAUGAAGAUCUGAAUGUUCACUGGAAACCUACUAAGCCAGAUUCUCCUUGUUACCUGAACAUAAAUAAUAAUUUGACAAUGGUUGACAGUCGAUUGCACAACGAGAAAUUAGAAUUUUGGGAUAAAAUAAAGAAACAAUUCGAGAAAAAAUGAAAAUUUUUCUAGCACAUUAAUUUUCAAAUUGAAUAAAUUAUUGUUGA